AUGAUCCAUUUCAGUCAAAUAGGUUCCACAUUUGUGUUGGGAAAAAAACUCGCUCACGUGACGUUUUUGCGUUUGAGACUCGCCUGGCAACUGUGCGAAGGGAAAAUAAUAGUCCGGACAUCUGCGCACGCGUACACCUGUAUUUUCUUUAAGGAAGAAGAAGGUCGAGAAAACAGAAUAAUUAUCUACAAAGGAGUCCUGCACAAGCCUCUGAUUUGUUUGGAUCAACCUGCUUUUAAUCUGAACCAGCGAACCACACAGAAAACCAUGGUGUCACAUCCCCGCCAUCAUGGUGAAUAUGGUUCACCUGUUUGA